CUGAGGCCGUCCCUGAGUUUCACGCAUGCGCGCAGUGCACAGAAGGAUUUGAAAAUGUCGGUUGCAGGUUAAAAAUGAGAAGGAAUUCGUCUCCAGGAAGCUCAAGCACGGCACAACAGUUUUGUUGUCUCUGUCUAGAUAUUUAAGAAGUGGAGCAAGGAUCCAAUUGACCAUCCUUCCUGCUCAGACUGUGGGGAGGGAUUCUCUCGGUCAUCUGACCAACUCGCAAGCCCGUCACUUUACACAGGAGAAAGGCCUUUCACCUGCUCAGACAGUGGGAAUGGAUUCACUCGGUUAUCACAAUUGAAGGUACAUCAGCAAGUUCACACUGGGCAAGGCCAUUCACCUGUUCUGUGUGUGAGAAAAGGUUUAGUUGGUCAUCCCACCUGUGGACACACCAAUCAGUUCACACCACACUGGGCAGAGGCUGGUCAUCUGCUGAAUUUCUGGGAAAGGAUUCACUCAGUCAUCUGACCUAAUGGCUCACCAGCCACUUCACACUGGGGAGAAGCCAUUCACCUGCUCAGAGUGUGGGAAGGGAUUCACUCAGUCAUCCCACCUACGGAGUCACCAGCAAGUUCACACCGGGGAGAAGCCGUUCACCUGCUCAGUCUGUGGGAAGGGAUUCACUCAGUUAGCUAACCUACAGAAACACCUGCGAGUUCACACUGGGGAGAAGCCAUUCACCUGCUCAGAGUGUGGGAAGGGAUUCACUCAGUCAUCCCACCUACGGAGUCACCAGCAAGUUCACACCGGGGAGAAGCCGUUCACCUGCUCAGUCUGUGGGAAGGGAUUCACUCAGUUAGCUAACCUACAGAAUCACCUGCGAGUUCACACUGGGGAGAGGCCAUUCACUUGCUCAGUCUGUGGGAAGGAAUUCACUCAUUUGUCCAACCUGCAGAGACAUCAGCGAGUUCACAGUGGGGAGAGGCCGUUCACCUGCUCAGUCUGUGGGAAGAGAUUCACUAAUUUAUCCAGCCUACAGAGACAUCAGCGAGUUCUCAGUGGAGAGAGGCCGUUCACCUGCUCAGAAUGUGGGAAGGGAUUCACUCAGUCAUCCCACCUACAGAGUCACCAGCGAGUUCACACCGGGGAGAAGCCGUUCACCUGCUCAGUCUGUGGGAAGGGAUUCACUCAGUCAUCCCACCUACAGAAUCACCUGCGAGUUCACACUGGGGAGAGGCCAUUCACUUGCUCAGUCUGUGGGAAGGAAUUCACUCAUUUAUCCAGCCUACAGAGACAUCAGCGAGUUCACACUGGGGAGAGGCCAUUCACCUGCUCAGUCUGUGGGAAAGGAUUCACUCUGUCAUCUACCCUACUGGUACAUCAGCGAGUUCACACUGGGGAGAGGCCGUUCACCUGCUCAGUCUGUGGGAAGGGGUUCAUUCACUCUUACAACCUACAGAGACACCAGCGAGUUCACACUGGGGAGAGGCCAUUCACCUGCUCAGAAUGUGGGAGGAGAUUUGCUGACUCUUCCACCCUGCAGAGACACCAGCGAGUUCACACUGGGGAGAGGCUUUUCACCUGCUCAGAAUGUGGGAAAGGAUUCACUCUGUCAUCUAACCUACUGGUACAUCAGCGAGUUCACACUGGGGAGAGGCCGUUCACCUGCUCAGUCUGUGGGAAGAGAUUCACUCAUUUAUCCAGCCUACAGAGACAUCAGCGAGUUCACACUAGAGAGAGGCCGUUCACCUGCUGAGAAUGUGGGAAAGGAUUCACACAGUCAUCCCACCUACUGGCACACCUCUCAGCUCACAAUGGGGAGUGGCCAUUGUUAUGCAUCCCUAGGUUUUGUUUGCUGUGGACUUUCAUUUUAAGAGAGAGAGAGGGAGAGAUUAAAAAGACAAAUCAGUCCAAUUUGCAGCUUGUUUACAUCGUGUGCAGCUUGUUUAGUUUUAACCAAGGACACAGACACUCAGAGACAGACAGAGACAAAGGAGGAAAAAUGGAAGGGUCGAAACCAGGGAACUAGUGGCCAAGGGUCACUGUUUGGAACUUUCCUUUGCCCACAAGGGUGGAUUCACCUUACAUCGAAUGUGUGGUUGUCACCUCAUUUGAUCCAUAGGAGUGGAUCUGAUUUGGGAUAUCCUGUGGAGACCACUUAUGUGUUACCCCUUGCCUGGCUGUGGUGUGGUAGUUCACUUGAAGAUGAUACCCCUUAUGACAAGUCACUUCGGAUGAUAAUUAGUAUGUGGAUUUGGAAGGAUGACAGAUAAAAUCUACGGUGACUGUUGGUCUCGUUUUACCACCAUGAAACCUGUGGAAUACAACAUAAUUGCCUUCUCUCAACAUUUACCCUGGAUUACAAAUAUCUCUCUCUCAUCACCUAUUCUGUAGUUGAACUGAACUUUCAUACUUUACCAUCUCAAAACUCCAAGCCUUGUUUCCCCUGAGCUCAAUAGUUUGGGAGAUUUAUUUCUACAGAUUUAUACACAUAACACUCAUGAGGAAAUCUGCAGAUGCUGGAAAUUCAAACAACACACACAAAAUGCUGGUGGAACCCAGCAAGCCAGGCAGCAUCUAUAAGGAGAAGAAAUGUCAACGUUUCAAGCUGAGACCCUUCAUCAGGACUAACUGAAAGGAAAGAUACUAAGAGAUUUGAAAGUAGUGGGGGGAGGGUGAAAUGCAAAAUGAUAGGAGAAGUCUGGAGGUGGUGGGAUGAAGCUAAGAGCUGGAAAGGUGAUUGGCAAAAGUGAUACAGAGCUGGAGAUGGGAAAGGAUAAUUGGACAGGAGGCCUCGGGAGAAAGUAAGGUGCGGGGGAAGCACCAGAGAGACAUGGAAAACAGGCAAACAAUUAAAUAUGUCAGUGAUGGGGUAAGAAGUGGAAGAGGGGCAUUAACAGAAGUUAGAGAAGUCAAUGUUCAUCCCAUCAGGUUGGAGGCUACCCAGCCGGUAUAUAAGGUGUUGUUCCUCCAACCUGAGUUUGGAUUAAUUUUGACAGUAGAGGAGGCCAUGGAUAGACAUAUCAGAAUGGGAAUGGGAUGUGGAAAUAAAAUGUGUGGCCACUGGGAGUAGUCUGUUGCUGCUGGUUCGUUUCUAAAGCGUUAUGGUUUGUAACAAAAUGGGGCCUGCGUCUGGGAUAUGAACAAAUUUAAGGAUUGAUUUAAUAUCGAUUUCAUUGGAUAAAUCCCUUUUGAUUUAUUUGUGUGUGGAAAAUCAGCAGCAAUGGAUGUUGAUAGAUAUCUGGAAGUGUGAACCUCUCAGGCAUUAGAGGACACCAGAAGGAUUGAGUUAUUGAGUAUUGCUAAAGUGUUAAUACUUGCUAAGGUGAAAUUGACAAUGAGGAGGGCACAGAUGCAGAGGAUAAUAGCUGAACAUUAUGUAUCUGAGGAUGUGUUUAAAGUGGAGGAGUUGGAGGUGUUUCCUGAAAGUAAACCUAGUGAGCUUGAGCUCCAGUGCAAGUUAGAAAAAUUAAAGAUGGAGGCAGAGGCAAUUUCAGGCUGGAGAGACAGAAAAGCAGUAAGAAAAUUCUCUUACAAAGUGUAAUUAAGGGGAAGGCUUAGCAAGCCUAUUCUGCUUUGACAGUAGCUGAAGCAGCUGAUUAUUUACUUAUUUAUGCUGCCCCAGUCAUCGCCACUGGGCUAUAAAUGUGCAGGAGCAGUGUGUGGUUCAGUGCUUUGCUCAAGGACACACACGUUGCCUCGGCUGAGGCUCGAACUCAGAACUUUCAGAUCGCUAGUUCAACACCUUAACCACAUGGUCACA